CGCUCAAGAAAUCAAUCAAGAGCGCCGCCGAAAAAUCAAAGCAGACAAAUAGAGCAAUAGAAGAUGACCUCGUGACAGACUUCAUAUUCGAUCUGGAUCGCGAGCUCGAAAAGGUCGAGUCGUUCUUUGCCCGGAAACUGGACGAUCUAAAGAGACAGCAUAAAAAGUAUCGCUAUGUCAGAUCGCACGAUCACGGCGAAGCCUUGGUGGCUUUAACAGAGACUAUGAAUUUAAUUCACAAUCUUCUGGUUUUCGCCGAUAUUAACAAGAAAGGCUUUGCGAAAAUUCUCAAGAAGUUCGACAAGAAGCUCUGUAAGUCAAUACAGAGCACAUAUCUUCGGACCAAGGUCGAUGUUUGCUCCUUUGCGAGCGACAACGCUUUGGCAGAAAUACUCGAAUCGAUUGAGAAAUCUCAGGAUUUGCUUCGGCAGAUGGCACAACAAGAGAAUUCCGAAUAUUCUCCUAGUCGAGAUGUCCGAUUAUCAGCAGAUCAGAACGAUAUCUUUCUAGAUGUUUUCGAACAUGACGACGUCGAUACGCUGAAACAGAUAGAAAAUAUGCCUGUUGUCGUGGGCGAACAGAAAAUGACAACGGAUAAGACACUGUUUUCUAUGCUUUCCAAAGCAUGUCAACAGCGUGCGUUGAAGUGUAUAAGAUUCUUAGUUGAAUUCGGCGCACCACUAAUGGACGCCGAUGAUAUUAACGAACGGUCAAUUAUCCAUAAACUGGUUAUACAUGGUGGCAUUCUCCAUACUGGCCGCGCGUCACCCACGAUAAAGAACGCGAUUACACCUGACCAGUUAUUAUCUUUGUCUCGCUCACCAGUGGACAAUAAUUUCAGAAAUGUGGCAAAUGGUGAUAGCGGGUCCUUUACGUCGGAUGCUGAUCAGGAUGAUCCCGAGAUAAUUUCUAUUAUUCUAGAAGGUUUGAAAGGCAAUCAGGUUUUGCAAUCUAAUACCAAAGAUACUUCUGGGAGACGUCCAUUGCAUUACGCAAUGGCUAAUGGAUACGUGAAGAUCAUACAAGUAUUAUUGGAGCAUCUGACCAAAACUGAACAAUUUUCCUUACACCACGAUCAUAAUGAUGAUACGUGGUUUGAUAAUGAUGGUUAUACACCAUUUUUCUACGGCAUACUCCAUGGAAGAACAGAGGCAGUAAAAUGCAUGAUCGACAUGGGAGAGAUAACAGACAUCAGUACCAUCACAACUCGCUCGCCCAACCAUGCAGUCUAUACGCCUCUUAAUCCUUUUGCUAAAAAUGAACCGCACUCUCCACUGGCUAUGGCUUGUAAACUGGGCUAUCCCGCGAUGACUGAACUGCUACUUGACUAUGGUGCUGAUCCCGACGCUGAAGACGAGUAUGGAGAAACUCCAUUACAUUUCGCGGCAAGGAAUGGAUAUGCUGAGUGUGUCAAACUGCUCGUCGGAUUCGAAAACGGGAAGGGAGAAGUUAUAAGAAAGAAGGCUAAUAUGGAGAUCAAAGAAAAGCUGUGUGGACGGACAGCUUUGCUCUUAGCUGCAAUAGAAGGACAUCUCGAAAUAGUCGAUACCCUAAUAAAGGCUGGCGCUGAUAAAGACUCUACGGACUUCUCCGAAUGGACUGCACAUGUACACGCCACUUUCCGCGGUCACGUAGAAGUUCAACAACUUCUUCGGCCUUCUACACCUUACGAUAUAAAGCAUUCCCCAGUGCCAUCGGUAAACGAGGGUAUGGAAACAAAUAAAGGAGGCGUAGCUGAACGUAUCUAUGGCCAUAGAUUUUUACAAGGCCAAUCAAUGGUAUCCGUCACCAUUGGAACAUUUGAUACAAGAAAGCACAUCACACCAGUGCAGAUCAAUAACAUGGCGGUUCCCCCAAACUCUAUAAUACCGUCAAUGUCCACGUCUCUCAUAGUCUCUGCAAAAAAUGCUGUCGGAGAGCCAAGGGUCAUAGAUCUUCCAGUUAAGGACCAUUCAGAGUCGAUUGUAUUUUACUCGGACAAUAUCGACGAUGUAACAUUGAAUUUUGAUUUGGUACCUACAUACGGUACCAAGAAGCAGUUGAUUGGGCGUGCGACUGCUCUGCUGUCUUCAAUAAAGACAUCCGACACUGAGAAGGCGCCUCUUAUGGGAUCAGUAACUGUCCCUAUACUCGGAGCCGGAUCCUUGGAAGUGAUCGGAAAAAUCAUAUUCUGUUUUUUGGUAGUAAACCCCUAUAGUCAUCCCAGUUUGAGCGUGGACAGUAAACAUACAUAUUGGAAAUCGUUGACAACCAAGGUCAUUGGUCACCGUGGAAUGGGCAUGAACCAACUGUCACACAAACUUCAGUUGGGAGAAAACACUGUGAUGAGCUUCGUCACUGCGGCGUCCUUGGGAGCAGAGUACGUCGAAUUCGACGUACAACUUACAAAGGACCACGUUCCAGUCCUUUACCAUGAUUGGACAAUAACCGAAACAGGUUAUGAUAUCCCGAUUCACGCAAUCACGCUGGGGCAGUUUCUAAGCCUCAAGAACGAUUAUGCUUCGCAGACUGCGAAUGGUAAUGGAACGGAUAACGGUGCAACUACAAUACUCCCAUCUGCAGACAAAGCUACAAAUGGGAUAUCCGGUACCAAAAAUAAUAAAGAUACCGCUCAUGUGACUAAAAAGCUUCGACGGUCUAACAGUCUCGGAGUAAUGACAGCCAAAAACGUUCUAAAAUCGGCGCAUGACGUGAAAAUAAAAGGCAACGGGGCCAAUAGCAUUCAAGCACCAUUCACAACUUUAGACGAAACGUUCAAGAAAGUACCACUUCAUAUUGGUUUCAAUAUAGAAGUAAAAUACCCGAUGAUUGAUGAGGCCGAAUUGGAAGGUCUCCCAACAUACAAUAUAGAACUCAACGUUUUCGUGGACGCCAUUCUCGAUGUAGUCUACGAUCAUACUGCCCAAAACCGGAACAUAAUAUUUUCGUCCUUCCACCCCGACAUAUGCCAACUUCUAGCUGUCAAACAGCCAAAUUAUCCGGUAUUUUUUCUAUCUGACGUCGGAACAGUGAGUAUAGCAGAUGCACGUUCCAAAUCCAUUCAACGUGCCAUUAGAUUCGCGAAAUCAGCAGAUUUAUUGGGUAUCGUAAUCCGCUCCGAUCCCGCGUUGGAAGCUCCUCAGUUAAUAAAAACUAUUAAGGAGACGGGACUUUUGGUGUUUACCUAUGGAGCUAGGAACAAUGACGUUGAAUGUGCUAAAUUUCAAAAGAAACUUGGAGUUGAUGCAGUAAUUGUGGAUUCUGUCGUAGCUGUUAGAAACGGCUUACAGCAUAACGAUUGA